GGAAUGCGCGUUUGCAGGAGGAGGAGUAAAGCGAUGAUUGUGUAAUUAAAUAAUAAAACAAUCCUUAAGUCUGAUUUGGAGAGAGCUCGACCGGGGUCCGGAGGGUGGAACCGGUGAAUUUUUCAACUUCCAAGUUUUGCAACGAAAGAAAGCGAGAGAGGGAGGGGAAAAAAGAGCCCAGAGCAGAAAAGAGAGGAGUUUGGAGCCGAGCGGGAGAGCGGGAUUUAUCGUUUGGGAUUUUUCAGGAGCGCGUUCCGAUCCCUCUGGGCGGCGGCGGCGGCAGCAGCAGCCUCCUCGCUCGGCCGGGUCAGACGCGGGGCGAGGCGCGCGGGAGGGCAGCCGGGCGUGGAGGAGUCGGCGCGGGCAGCGGCGGCUGCAGCCGGGGACCGCGCGCCGCGAGCCUCUUCCGCCCGGGAGACCUGCGCUCGCGCCCCCUCCCUCACCCCGGCCUCUCCCGGCUCCCCCACCCCACCCCGCCCCCACCCCGGCCCUCUCCCGCGCGCGCCCCGCCACCCGCGCGCACUCGCUCACGCUCCCCCUCGCGCACACACAUGGUCGGCUCGCGGCAAAGUUUCGCCUGCGGUCGCCACUCCGGGAUCCUGCCGCAGUGCUCGGGGCCGUAACCUUGAACUUUCCCAGCGCGGUGACACAUUCUCCUCGCUCUCCCUCCCGCCCUCUCUCCUGCGCCCCCCUCCCCGCCUUUUUUAAAAAAGCAUUUCACCACCAACCACCACCCCAAUCCAACCCACACCGAAUCUUCGCGCACCCCCUAGCCCCCAACAAAAACAACAACUGCAAAACAGAAAACAAAUCCCCAAACCCAGGCGAAAAGCAGCCAACACCGGCGGCGGCGGCGGCCUCGGCGAGCACGGCCAGCGCGCUCGGACUGCAGGAGGGUUAAAAGUGUAGAUUGGAUUUCACCCCGGGAAAUCUAGCACGCCGAGUGAACUUGAAUCUUUGGCUAUUUAAGGAGGACUGGGUUUGUUGUGAAGUUGCGGUGAUCCAGCGCAGAGCCCCGUCCUGAUUGAUCGCAUCGCGGGGCUCAGAUGACUGUAAAAUGAAUAGAUGAAAUUCUUGCUUCUCGAAGAUUUUCUUGGGCAUCUCCGGGAAAGUGCGUUUUAAGGCGAAGUCAUGAUGUAUUCUCCCAUCUGUCUCACUCAGGAUGAAUUUCACCCAUUCAUCGAGGCACUACUUCCACACGUCCGUGCAAUUGCCUAUACUUGGUUCAACCUGCAGGCUCGGAAACGCAAGUACUUUAAAAAGCACGAGAAGCGAAUGUCAAAGGAUGAAGAAAGAGCAGUCAAAGAUGAGCUUCUCAGCGAAAAGCCUGAAAUCAAACAGAAGUGGGCAUCCAGGCUCCUGGCCAAACUGCGCAAAGAUAUCCGCCAGGAGUACCGAGAGGACUUUGUGCUCACCGUGACUGGCAAGAAGCACCCGUGCUGUGUCUUAUCCAAUCCCGACCAGAAGGGUAAGAUUAGGAGAAUCGACUGCCUGCGACAGGCAGACAAAGUCUGGCGUCUGGAUCUAGUCAUGGUGAUCCUGUUCAAAGGCAUCCCCUUGGAAAGUACCGAUGGAGAGCGGCUCAUGAAAUCCCCACAUUGCACAAACCCAGCACUUUGUGUCCAGCCACAUCAUAUCACAGUAUCAGUUAAGGAGCUUGAUUUGUUUUUGGCAUACUACGUGCAGGAGCAAGAUUCUGGACAAUCAGGAAGUCCAAGCCACAAUGAUCCUGCCAAGAAUCCUCCAGGAUACCUUGAGGAUAGUUUUGUAAAAUCUGGAGUCUUCAAUGUAUCAGAACUUGUGAGGGUAUCCAGAACACCCAUAACCCAGGGAACUGGAGUCAACUUCCCAAUUGGAGAAAUCCCAAGCCAACCAUACUAUCAUGACAUGAACUCGGGGGUCAAUCUUCAGAGGUCGCUGUCUUCUCCACCAAGCAGCAAAAGACCCAAAACUAUAUCCAUAGAUGAAAAUAUGGAACCAAGUCCUACAGGAGACUUUUAUCCCUCUCCGAAUUCACCAGCUGCUGGAAGUCGAACAUGGCAUGAAAGAGAUCAAGAUAUGUCUUCUCCGACUACUAUGAAGAAGCCUGAAAAGCCAUUGUUCAGCUCUACAUCUCCACAAGAUUCCUCCCCAAGAUUGAGCACUUUCCCCCAGCACCACCAUCCCGGAAUACCUGGAGUUGCACACAGUGUCAUCUCAACUCGGACUCCACCUCCACCCUCACCGUUGCCAUUUCCAACACAAGCUAUUCUCCCUCCAGCCCCAUCGAGCUACUUCUCUCAUCCAACAAUCAGAUAUCCUCCCCACCUGAAUCCUCAGGAUACUCUGAAGAACUAUGUACCUUCGUAUGACCCAUCAAGUCCGCAAACCAGCCAGCCUAACAGCAGUGGUCAAGUAGUAGGGAAAGUGCCUGGCCAUUUCACUCCUGUCUUGGCACCCUCUCCCCAUCCCAGUGCAGUGCGACCUGUGACCCUGACCAUGACAGAUACUAAACCCAUCACUACAUCCACUGAAGGUGAGGCAGCUUCACCUACAGCAACCACCUACACAGCCUCAGGCACAUCUCAAGCCAAUCGAUAUGUGGGACUAAGCCCAAGAGACCCAUCCUUCCUACAUCAGCAACAGCUGAGGAUUUGUGACUGGACCAUGAAUCAAAACGGCAGGCAUUUAUACCCCAGUACCAGUGAGGAUACAUUGGGAAUUACUUGGCAAAGUCCUGGUACCUGGGCUAGCUUGGUUCCUUUCCAAGUAUCAAAUAGGACACCCAUCCUACCGGCAAAUGUCCAAAAUUACGGUUUGAACAUAAUCGGAGAACCUUUCCUUCAAGCGGAAACAAGCAACUGAGGGAAAAAUGAAAUACAACACUAGUUUAAGAAAUUUUAAAAAAAAAAGGAAAAGAGAAGACUGGACAAAACAAAACAAACAAAAAGGGAGAAAGGAAAGAAACUGAAGAAAGAAGAUAAUAGACCAGCAAUCGCAGCACUUACAAUCACUAAUUCCCUUAAGGUUGAAACUGUAAUGACAUAAAAAGGGUCGAUGAUAUUUCACUGAUGGUAGAUCGCAGCCCCUGCAAAGUAGCCUUUGUUACAUGAAGUCCGCUGGGAAAUAGAUGUUCUGUCUCUAUGACAAUAUAUUUUAACUGACUUUCUAGAUGCCUUAAUAUUUGCAUGAUAAGCUAGUUUUAUUGGUUUAGUAUUCUUGUUGUUUACGCAUGGAAUCACUAUUCCUGGUUAUCUCACCAACGAAGGCUAGGAGGCGGCAUCAGAAGUGCUGGGUGACAGAGCCAUGAGCCAGCCAUUUUAUAAGCACUCUGAUUUCUAAAAGUUAAAAAAAAUAUAUAUGAAAUCUCUGUAGCCUUUAGUUAUCAGUACAGAUUUAUUAAAUUUUGGCCCUUAACCCAGCCUUUUCCAG